AUUAAAUAAACAUAUUAUAGACUAAAAAUUCAUUAUUUUUAUAUUAAUUUUAGUUUCAAAUAUAUGAUUGACUAAUUCUCAUCCCUCACAUUUAGAAAUGGAAAUUUUGAUGUGGAACAGAAUCAUAAAAGGGUUACUUCGGAAUUCAUGUAAAAGUAUAUUUAAGUGAGGGCUAAUUAGAUCAUUAAUGGAUUCAAUUUUUUUUUAAAUUUUUUCUUUAUCGACUAGGCCCAGAAUUGAGUUAAGAAUUUAGUUAAGUUGAGCUUGAACAUAGAUUGAUUUGAGCUUGAUUUAAAUGGAUAAUAGAAAGAUUUAAGCUUGGUUUGAGUUUAUCAAGUUUUAUUAAAGUGAAGCCCAGCUUGAUUAGGUGGGAAAGUUUGAAGCUUCACUCUUAUUCAUGCCUUGUUGAUUUGGCUCAAGUUUAUCAUUUGAGUUUUAGCAUUUAAGACUGUUAUAUUGAUAAUCGUGUGGCUUGGCUUGAUUUGAGCUACAAUCAAUGCUCACACCAAUUCAAGUUAAACAUUUGGCUUGUGAGCUGAAUUGAGUCGAAUACUUUCUAAUUCAAGUUCAGCUUGGUUACUAGCCAAACAUAGAACUCUUUUAGGUUGAGUUUAAUCCAUACAAAUUUGGGCUGAGCCUAUGUUCAACCUUAGUAUUGGCUUGCUGGGUUUUCCGGGCUGUUAUCAGAUCUGGGCUUGAUUUUCAUGGGCCUAGAAGCUCGGCCCAACUAUUUGUGAUCCGCCUUUUUUGUGGAUUGCUGAGAAGAUCUUUGUCUUAAAAGUUUCAAACUUGGAAGAUAUUCAAUUCAAGCAUAUGAACUUGAUUUGGAUGAUUACUGGAAGAAAUAUCAAUAAUUUCCUUCUAAGCUUUCAGCAACACACAAGCCUUCACUUUCACAGCAAGACUUGGAAUCUUAUGGACAAAAGCAAAGACCCAAGAAGAAGAUUCUGGUUUUGGAUUUUAAAAGCCGUUCUUUGUUCCUAUUUAAUACCUUCUGCGCCCGCUCCCAGCUUGUUCAAUUCUUUCUCUCUUCUCUGAUCGCCAAUUUUUAGCCGCUCGUCAUCAAAAUUGUCUAAAUGAAGAAAAAGGUCUGUGCACGGAUCUCAAAAUUAUUUCUCUCGGCUACAGGAUCUGACGCUUGUAAUUCGGAUCAACCAACGGGUUUGGAUGUAUGCGAAGAAUAUGCACAUGCGUUUCGGACCGAAUCUUAUAACGAAUUUUGGACACGUGUUCUUGCACUGUCAAAUGGAAAUAUCGAGUCCACCACAGCGGCAGCUCGACUCUCAUCCUAUCGGCUCUUUGCGGAGCAACUUUUGGAUCCGGAUCAACCCAAUGUUACCCGUAUCCUUUCUUCAACAAAAGCUCAUCCUCUUUUAACAAAUUAUUUCUCUCAAACUGCUGAGGCUUCUCUUUUAUGCAGUCUUUUACUAAAAAAUAUUCAUCAUAUUCGGGAUAAAUAUCAAUCUUUUAAAACCAUUAUUCAAUCCCUUGAAAAUGUUCAUUUUUUGUCUUUGAAUAAUUUAUCAUGUAUAAUAAUUAAAAUGAUUGAAUUCUCUAAUUUAUCGAACCCAUUAAUCUCGCCUACUCCAUCUCCUUGCCGGGUUCGAGUCAUUCAAGCUGAGUGCUCUAAAUUGCUCAAACAACUUGAAUCAAGUCGAGACAAGGCUCGAACUAAACUACGCCUAAUAUUCGCAUCAAAACAUGGCUCGGCUAUUUUCUUACUAGCUUUAACAGUUUCACUAACUGUGAUAGUGGCUUCACAUGCUCUUGCGUUACUAAUAACUGCACCGGGUCUCAUAGCAGCUUCGAUUCAGUUGCCCUCAGCUAGAAGAUUGGCUCGAGUGUCAACACAACUUGAUGUAGCCGCUAAAGGAACUUAUAUAUUAAACAGGGAUUUUGAUACGAUAAGCCGGCUCGUUGCUCGGUUGAAUGAUGAACAAGAAUACAUGUGUUCGAUGGUGAAAUUUUGGUUGGAGAAGGGAGAGGCUCGACUACAAGCCACUGGCGAAGUGGCGCGCCAGCUGAAGAAGAAUGAUGCCAGCUUUAGCCAGCAGCUUGAUGAUCUAGAGGAACAUCUGUACCUGUGUUUCAUGACCAUCAAUAGAUCCAGAAACCUUGUACUCAAAGAGAUUCUGGAUCCGGGUCAACCCAUCCGGGAAUUUAAAUAAGAUUAAAAAUAAUUAUUUGUUUAUUUAUUUUUUCACUUAUGUAUUUGAAUUCUCACGUGGAAUUUCUUUUCUUGGUUUUUAUUAAUGUUAAUGAAACUUCAUAUUACCCA